AUGCAAAAGAAAGGUGGUAGUUUCUUUAAGAAAAUAUUGACAGGGGGUUAGUCAUUAUUCAAAAAAAGUGAUAAAAAGUCAGCGAACGAACCAACUCAUAAUGAGGAGUAGAAUAGCGAUGAAGAUAAUGAUCUCUACGAAGUAGGAAAAUAGGGGUAAAAGCAGCCAUCACAAAGCAUUCUACAGAAUUUUUAGGACUUUGCGGGAUCUACAAUUCAAGCAGCUGAUCAAUUCCUACACGGCUCUUCCAAUAGUAACAGCAAAAAUGGAGGGGGUAGUAGUAGUGUACAUUCUAGAUUAAGCAAGGGGGAUUUAAGUCAAAUAUGUAGAGUCUUAAAUACUGAUGAUACUCAAGAAGCAGAGUAGAGAAACAAUAAGAAAAAUAAGAAAAAUUCUCAAUCAGAUAAAUAAGCAGAAAACUAGAAUAAUAAUGAAGAGGAUGAUUAGGACGUCGAUUAUGAUUAUCAAAAUUAAAAAGUACUUCCGGAGAAUAUUUACUUCGCUGAGCUAUAAAAGAUUAACUUUGAGUUAUUGUUAAGGAAGAAUAACGAAGAAGUGAAGUAAAGUGAGAAUACUACUAAGAUUGAUCAGCAUUAACUGCAUAAUAUGAAAACCAUAGAAUUCAUUUUACUAGUGGGAUUUCAUCAUAAAGUAGGAAGUUAGAUAGAGUUUAUAUAUCCACCAUUGAAGGAAGAUGUUGAAGGAAAUCUUUCAGUAGAAUUUCUCAAACAUAUACCUUUAGUAGCUUUGCCUGAUGGAUCUCAUUUAACUGAAGCAGGCUAUGCAAAUUUUAUCCUAAAAGAUGCAAAGAAUCUCUAUCACUGUGUCUCAUGCUUUAGACAGAUACCAGCCAGCUUAUUGCCUUAGCAAGACUCUAUAUCUAGAGCAUUUGUUUAGAAAGCAGUAGUAAUAAUGUCUAAAAUUCCUAUUUAUGGUCAACUAAGAGCAAAACUGCAGCCUACCACAUAAGCUCUAUUUGCACAGUUAAAUUUCAAUGAUACCACUAUAUUGUCUGAUUUUUAUAAACACGCUAAUUCAUUUAAUACUGGAAUGGUUAAAGAUUAUAGUGAAUUUUUGACUGGAUUAAAUUUGAAGUAGAUGGUAAAUAUCUGUGGAAUGAAUUUAUCUAGCAAAGUGUCAAACUUUUUAUAUUCCCUGAUUGCCUUAUUCCCAGGAAAUGCCUCAUUUCAGUAUUUAAACUCAGAACAAGUCCUAUUAUAUCAAAGGUCUUUAAAGGCUUAUGGAAUGCCAUUCUAGCUAUAUAAUGAAAGCUGUCCAUUUGUGCCUCUAAUGACUCUGUAUGAAAUUGAUAAUUUUGAAAAAUGGAGUGGGUACCUAGUGGGUAGCACUAAUUAGCUAUUUCUAAACUUUCCAAAAUCUAAAGCUGAUAUAGUUAUAAAUCUAGAUCUAGAAAAGAUAGAGUUUCCACAAGAGAAAACAAAUAAAAAUUCAAUCAUUAAGAUUAGCUAAAGUCAUACAUCAUAUGAAAAGAAAUUAAUGUAGCAGUGGCUUAAAAGUUUGAGUUUGAUCUAAGAAGACAAUGGUGGUAAAUAGCAAUAGCAAAAGAUAUCUAAAGCAAAUAUUAUGAUGAAACAGGACUAAAGUGAAACUUCUAUCUUUCUAAACGCUAAUGAAGAUGAAUAAAACUAUAUAAUUUAGGAGAUCAAAAAAUACUUCUAAACCUUUUGCAUUCAAUUAGCAUUAUCUAAGAAGUACAAUGAUGAUUACAACAAUGUAAGAUAUUCACCAGUGAAAUAGAAGCAGCCAGAUAGAACUCCAGGUGGGAAAAAAAGCUCAUCUGAGGAUAGUGAUGAUGAAAAUGGAGAAAAUGAUGAGUCUGUGAUUAUUCUUGGAAGAAUACCUUAGGAUGAGUCCGAAAUAGUUUAAAGCUAAAAUUUAAACAUCAAAGCAGCAAAUUAAUAAGAUGAUCCAGUAUUCAUUUCAGUUGGUGAUUCACAUUUCACAUAAAAUCAAGAGGAAUCUAAAAAGCGAUCAAAGUCAAAGAAUAAGUAUGAGGUUAAAAUUUAAAAGAUUAAUGAAAAAUUCUAACAGUUAUAAGUCUCAGAAACCAAGUAUUCGAACAAUGAAUCUAAGCUAAAAAAGAUAAAUACUCUUAGGAAGAAGGCAGUAAAAUCAAUCUUAGAGUAUAAUGGAAUGUUUAGUCUAAAAUUUUAUCUUGCAUGGACCUAAACAGAAGCAUUCUAGUUCUGGAUUAAGAACUUUGACUCUAACAUAUGUGCAUUAAGUUGCCAAUCUGGUUCAGUUCACAAUACUUUUAUUCACUAUGAAAACGGGGAUUAUUAUUGUGGCCAAAUGUAUAAUGGAGUGAGAAAAGGAAUGGGGCAGUACUACGAAUAUCUAACGGAGUUAACCUAUAACGGAUACUGGCUAGAAGAUAUGAGGCAUGGCCAAGGUAACCUGAGCUCAAAGAAUAAUGAAUACAGCUAUGACGGAGAAUUUUAUAAAGGAAUGAAGUAAGGAAGGGGCAUAUUAGUGACUAAGAAUGAGAAGUAUUCAGGCAAUUUUUACAAAGAUAAAUUCCACAAGAAUGGUGUGCUAUUUGAGACAGAUGGGUCAGAGUAUGACGGAGACUGGGUUUUGGGUAAGAAGGAAGGCAUGUGUUAGUACAAAAGAGGCAAUGGCGACUUCUAUAUUGGAGAGAUGUUCAAUAACUACUAUCAUGGAAAAGGUCAAUUGAGAUGUGCAAAGGAUGAAAAUGGGCAUUCAGAGCUUUAUAAUGGAGACUUUCAAGAAGGAAAGAGGCAUGGUCAUGGGUAGUAUAUAAGCUCAGACUAGUUAAUAUAGUAUGAUGGAGAAUGGGAAGAGGACAAAAGAGAGGGCCGGGGAACACUUAUUAUUACCUCUGAAGAAACAGGGAUAACCAAAUAUAUAGAAAAUUUGUGGAGUAAUGAUGAAUUCUAAUUCAAUUAGAUUUGUAAAGUCACUAUAAAGGACAGACAUGGCAAGUAGAUAAGCAGUUUUGAAGGUAAAGUUGAUGCUAAUUAUAAUCCAAUUCUCACUUGA